AUCAUGAUACGAUAGCCUAACAAAGAACAACAAAAAAAACAAUAUUAAGGGAAGGAAGAUGUCGAGACCGCCGCUGAGCUUGACGGCAGAAUUGGAAAAGUUGGAGCAGAGUAUUACGCUUACCUUGCAAGAAAUUGAUCACAACUUCAGUAAAGCCCAUCGGAUUGUCACGACCAGUAUCAUCCCUAUUGUUGAGCGAUACGCGAAGGAGUCUGAGGCUGUUUGGGAGGGGUCGAAGUUCUGGAAGCAAUUCUUCGAAGCCAGUGCUAACGUCGCACUAUCAAACUACCAAGAGGAAGAGGAGACAUAUGAAGAAACCGGCGUGGCUACCAAUGCAGAAACGUAUAUAACUGCCUCUUCGCCAGGAAAUUACGGCGAGCAGUCCACACGGAUAACGCAGGAAGACGACCCCCGACACCGCGAGACACAGUGGGAGAACAUCGAAUCACCUUUCGAUGCGCUGCGCAAGGACGACGACGCAGACAUGACCUUCGAACCCACCCUUCUCCCCGCAACCCCUCAAACAUCCCGACGCACCCGUCCAGCAAAAGGCUCCUUCGAAACGCCCAAAUCCUCACCAUUUUACCCCUCCGCCGCUGGGGCCAUCGGAAAAAAGACGCCGGGCGGGGCGAACGAAGACCAACUCCUCCACCGGGUGCUCGACAAGAACUGGCGCUUGCAAGCCACGCCGCUGGGAAAACCCCCUCCUUCCCGAUAUCGAACAAUAGGAGCCGCCACAGCAACGACGCCGAAAGCCCAGAUAUUACCCCCACCUGGGUCUGAAUCCCCAAUGUCCUCACCGCCAAAGCCACACUUUUACUCUGCAGACAUAUUCUCUUCCCCAAUUCCGGGCUUCGGCGGCUUCGACGGCGGAAAGAAACCCAAACCAAGCACUACCUCUAACACCACCGUCCUCGCCGGCGAUCCCAAAACGCCAAUAUCAAGACGCUACGGCACCGCAAAAGUAACAACAACCCACCACCACGAACUCAGCCAGCAGGGAGAUGAAGGCCGCUUUGCAUACGGCUACGAUGAUGAUGACGACUCUGACGAUCUGGACCUACCACCCGGCUUAAGUCCCCCCGUCACCAUCCAGUUCUCGCUCCCGCCCUCAAAGUUGCUGGCUACACCGGCGAGGGAGGCCAGCCGGAGGAUUGUGCACGAUAUCUUGCAGACUGCUGGCGCGGCGGACGAGAGUGGGGCUACUGGGGGUAGCAGUCCGCCGGUGGUUCGGGAUGUGGGGCCCCUCGAUGACACUUUUUAGUUAAGGCAUUAGGUGGUGUGCACAUAAAUGCCUACCUACUUUCUUGUGAGGGUAAUGGGAUUUUCUUUGGCUUUUUUUCAGAAGGCGAGGAGGUACUUGUAACGGUAUCGCAGUAGUGAUUUAUACAAAGCAUGACCUAGUC